AUGUCGAGUCAAUUCGAGCUUGCACAGAACCCAACUGAACCUAUAUCCUCCGUCAAAUUCGCGACCAACAACCCAACACGAUUACUAGUUUCAUCCUGGGACCGCCAUGUUUACCUCUACGACACCCAUGCUGAGCCAGGCGGAAAGCUGCUGCAGAAGUUCGAGCACCGUGCGCCAGUAUUGGAUGUUUGCUUUGGUCGCGACGACAAUGAGGCCUUCUCUUGUGGCUUAGACUGGGAAGUACGGAGGAUCGACCUGGAGACGGGCGCGCAAACCAUCAUGUCUACACACUCGCAGGGCGUUCGCAACGUACUCUUCUCUGCUGCGCAUAACCUAUUGAUUUCUUCAUCAUGGGAUUCGACACUACAUCUGCACGACUUGUCGCAACCCGGCGAGUUCUCCGCUGUCCGCCUGCCCUCGAAGCCUUUCUCGCUUUCCGCGUCACCCACCAAAUUGGUAGUUGCCAUGGCCAGCAGAGCGGUCAAUAUCUACGAACUAGAGAAGCUAGCAGCUGCAGCCAAGACGGGUGAGGAAGAGGUGAGCGUAGAGCCAUGGCAGCAGAGGGAAAGCUCGAUGAAGUAUAUGACGCGCGCUGUUUCAUGCAUGCCAAACGACGCUGGCUAUUCGAGUUCGAGCAUCGAAGGACGUGUUGCGGUCGAAUGGUUUGACCCUUCCGAAGAGUCGCAGUCGCGAAAAUACGCAUUCAAGUGCCACAGACAACAAGUAGAUGGUCAGGAUAUAGUGUAUCCAGUCCAUGCGCUGGCAUACCACCCAGUUCACGGUACCUUUGCUACAGGAGGGGGUGACGGCAUAGUGGCGCUCUGGGACGCUGUGGCAAAGAGGAGGAUACGGCAGUACCAGAAAUUCCCUGCCAGCGUUCAGACCAUUGAUUUCUCAAACGACGGCAAAUAUGUGGCGAUUGGAGUAAGCCCGGGAUUUGAGGAUGGCAUAGAUGAUGUACCAGACGGUGUCACUAAAGUUUUUAUCCGAGAGCUAAGCGCAACCGAGGCUUCAGGUAAAAAGAAAUAG